GGGCGGAGCACUCCAUGGGUUCUGGCGGGGCUAUGGCGCGCGGGCCGCUGCCGUACUACCUGCUGCUGCUGGCGCAGGAGAACCUGGAGUUCCGGCUGCCGGGCACAGAGUGUCUUGUCUUCUCUUCAAACUUCUGUACCAGGAGAUAAAGUCCUUGCUCUCACUUUGUGGUGGACAAUUCAGCAGUCAACAAGAAAUUUGUAUAAAUUCUCCAUUUUGGAUUCUCAAUAUUCCUUCAGAAGAGAUGGCAAGAGGACUAAUGAAAAGGACAGUAUGUGCAAACAAUCUAAUAAUCAUGGAAUUUCCAGGUCUAUAUUUGAACUGUGGGGUCAGGGAAAAUCUGCAGAGGAACUGUACACAUCUCUGAAGAACUACCCAAUGGAGAAGAUGGUUCCAUAUCUACAGUCAAACUCAACAUACAAAAUACAUAUUCAUGCAUUUAACAAAACACUGACACAAGAGGAAAAAAUUAAAAGGAUAGAUGCUCUGGAAUUUCUGCCAUUUGAAGGGAAAGUGAAUUUAAAAAACCCAGAACAUAUCUUCUGGAUUCUGGAAGAUUAUGGAAUGGACCCUAACAACAUUCCAGAAGAACCUCUUGAUUUAUAUUUUGGUAGAUGGAUUGCGGAUGGGCAAAGGGAGCUUAUUGAGUCAUACAGUGUAAAAAGGAGGCAUUUUAUUGGGAACACAAGCAUGGAUGCCUGCUUGUCUUUCAUCAUGGCAAACCAUGGGAGAGUAAAAGCAAAUGAUGUCGUGUUUGAUCCAUUUGUUGGAACAGGUGGCCUUCUUAUAUCCUCCGCACGUUUUGGAGCAUACGUGUGUGGUACUGAUAUAGAUUAUAAUACUGUCCAUGGAUUAGGCAAGGCUAGCAGGAAGAACCAGAAGUGGAGAGGACCAGAUGAGAAUAUCAGAGCUAACCUUCGGCAGUAUGGUUUAGAGAAGUACUAUCUUGAUGCACUCGUUUCUGAUGCAUCAAAACCUAUAUGGAGGAAGGAAAUGCUUUUUGAUGCAAUUAUUACAGAUCCUCCAUAUGGAAUACGAGAAGCUACUAGAAGAACUGGUUCACAAAAAGAAAUACUUAAAGCAACGGAAAGAGGCACAGAAAAUCACAUCUCCAUUUCCUCGAACUAUCAUCUGAGUGAUAUCUUUUUUGACUUGUUAAACUCUGCGGCAGAGUACCUGGUGUUGGGAGGAAGAUUGGUGUACUGGCUACCAGUUUACAAACCUGAAUACACAGAAGAGAUUAUACCCCGGCACCCCUGCCUGAAACUUAUUAGUAACUGUGAGCAGAUGCUUUCCAGCCACACAUCAAGGCGCUUGAUAACCAUGGAAAAGGUGAAAGAAUUUGAGGACAACGACCAGUAUUCUCACUUGUUGGAUUAUCAGUCUUUGCUAUACAAGGGUCACAAUGCCUUUCGUGAGAAGUAUUUCAGUGGUGUGACAAAGAGGAUUGCCAAGGAAGAAAAAGACAACCAGAAGUAAAAAAAAAAAAAAAAAAAAAAUAGAUUAAAAAUGAGGAAAGUAUGAAGAUUGUAUUUCUUUGUAAAGACAUCUGGAUGCUUCAGAAAGCAAAUACUGUUUUCAAUUUUAAAAAAGUCACAAUGAAAACCACAACAUAGGUUAAGAACAGUUCUUUUUAAUUAGCUUUGUUUAUAGCAGAUUUAUUGUACAAGUUUUUUGAGCCUUAUUUAAUUUAUAUUUGUACUUUCAAGUACUAAUGAUGAUUGACUAAAACCAUUAUUAUUAUUCUUUUACCAUUAACUUUUACAGAAAAUAGUAGUAUUGUUUGGCUUCUUAAACUGUGAACAUCUGGAUGCUUUAGAAACACGUAAUAGAGAUCAAGGUUUGCUUAUUAGGAAUAUUGCUUUCAUUUGUUUUGUUUUUUUGUAACUGAUACACAAUAAAAACCAACAGAGCUUGUUGUGACUUUUUAAAAUUGUGUUGCAUGCAACAGAUUCUCAUGUGAAUUCUUACUGCCAUGUACUGGGCCAG